AUGAAGUUGUCUAAGAAGUACAAGCGGCUGCAGCGGAUUGCCGCAAGGUACAAGGCAAUCACGGAGGCCGUGACGAGAUUGGAGCACGUUCAAGAUGAUGACAGCACAGCAACAAUCCAGGAUUAUGCUAACGCGGGCAGACGUGCAUCUGAUGCAACUACGCAUCCAUCGAAACGUACAAACAAUGAGAAAUCGCAGCCAUUAAAAGAUGCCGCUACUACAAGCAGUGCACGGAAAGGAGCCAAACGACAGCGCAAAGCAGAUAUAGCUUCGAAUUCCACUGAUGGGCACCAGCAGGAUAGAUUCGAAGCGUUAGACAUCGACCGGAGUAUUGUAGAAUGGCUGAAAACAAAGAACAUUCUAGUUAUGACGCGGGUGCAGAAAUUGGCCAUACCGAAGUUCAUGAAGAGUGGAACCGACGUUUUGGUGCAGUCACAUACAGGAUCGGGCAAGACUCUGUGCUUCGUCGUGCCAAUUUUGGACAUGUUCAUGAAGCGCGCAAGGCAUUUUCCCGAUAGUGGAUUGAUCGCCGUUUUCGCCGUCAUAAUGCUGCCCACACGAGAACUGGCGACUCAAGUGCAUUCCGUCGUAUCCGACGCAAUCGCACACAUGGAGAGUGGCGUCGAAGAAGGAUCGGAGAUGUGUGGCGUGCCGCUGUCGUGUCUGGUGCUCAUUGGUGGUUCUCCGGUGGAGCAUGACGUCAAAGCCAUCACGAAGCUAAAGACCGUUCGCGGUGCCAGACCGCUUGUCAUAGCGACACCCGGGAGGCUGCACCACCUGAUAGAUAUGCUGCAGCAAGAAAUGCUGUGGACGUUCAAGGAUGUCACCACGCUGGUGCUCGACGAGGCGGACCGGUUGCUGGAGAUGGGAUACCAGGCCGACAUGACGGCAAUUAUGGGAAACAUGCCCAAACAACGCAAGACCGGUUUCUUCUCUGCAACCUUACCGAAAGAGGUGUUGGAAUUUGCAAAAAUGAUUCUGAACAACUACCAUUUCAUCAACGCCGAUGAUGGAGCAUCGCACAAAGGGGUUGCUUCCCACGGAGGUGAGGAACUUCAACCAGAAUCAGAGAUGGGUCACGCCGAAGGUGCGGCAACAUAUGCAACUCCGGUUACGCUUAAGAACUACUACCUCAUACUUGACCCGCGGGAAAAGCUGCACUUCGUAGUACUAUUGCUGGAGCAUCUCAGGAUGACCGGCGUAAGAAAGUGUGCCAUUUUCUUUCUAACGUGCGAUCUGGUGGACUACUUUUCACUCAUGAUUGCAAAGUGCCUGGCCGAUGGUAAUGAUCAGGCGAAAGAAGGCGUGCGGACCAUCCUCUACAAAAUUCAUCGCAAAAUGCCCACCGCCAGACGUCAGCUAAAUUUGGACGCAUUCCGGAAAAUGCCGGACGCUGGUGUCUCGAAAACGAAAUCCGACGGAGGGCCCAAACGUCUGAAUGCCGCUGCAGAUCCUGCUAGCAAUACGCUGCAGGUGUUGCUUUGUACCGACAUAUUCUCUAGGGGGAUAGACAUCCCGCAGAUAGAGUGGGUUAUACAGUACGAUGCACCACAAGACCCUAACUUCUACGUACACCGUAUAGGGAGGGUAUCACGUGCAGGGGCGUCUGGCAACGCUAUCUUGCUGCUGAACAACAGCGAGGAAGCGUACGUGCAGUUCCAAAUAAAUCGCAAAAUACCACUCAUGCCACUACCCAGCAAAGUACUAGAGGGCGCCACAAGCUACUACGACAGGAUCUCAGAAACCGAAUCGGCAUUGCCUCACCAUUUACACAGCGAAUGUACUACGGUGGCCAAUGGCACAUCAUACAUCGACUAUCUGCAAGAAACAGCUCCCGAACAACCGGUUCUUCCCUGGAUCCACACCUGCAAGAUGCUGUCGUACAUACGGGCACAACUUACCACAGACAGAGCGUUGCUGUUAACGGCGACAAAGGCAUUUGUGUCCUACACUCGGGCCUAUUCCGAACACAGGCUUAAGAGUAUAUUCGAACAAAAGAAUGUCGACUAUGGAGCACUUGCCACUUCUUUUGGCGUACUCAAGGUGCCCAGAGUUAAGGAAAUACUCGGCAAAAAGUUGCAAAAUUUCGCCAAUAGCGAUACCGAUGUAAAUUCGGUGGCUUUCAAAAACGAGGGGCAAGAGAGGGAUAGGCUGAAAAAGCUCCAGCAAAAAAAUAACGAAACUAAACCCCACGUGCGGGAAAAGAAGCCAGAGCCCCAACCGAAGGUGCAGAGGACUAGGAGCGAAAAACGUGUAGUUAAACGCGAAAAUGCGUUACGGGAGUGGGAAGAACUCGCACGCGAAGAGGCGCUUGCAAAAAAACUUAAAAAACGAAAAAUAACUCGGGAACAGUACGAAAAACUCCUAAGCAAGCAGGAACAAAGCGAUUCCGAUGAAUCAGAUACGUCCGACGAAAGCGACCAUGAUGCACAGGUUUCAGAAAACGACUCGGACUGGGAAACAGAACUGGACAACUUUGUCAAGGAGUGGAAAGAUAAACCAAAGACAGCAAGCAUAUGA